UUAAUCAACGGGUGUGAUCCGAUCUCAUAAACAGAACUGAAGCUACUACCGCUGGAAGAACUAAAUCUGACAUUUCUUCUUCUGCAUCGUUCAUGGCGGGAUAGGCGAAGGAUCUUCGCCGGUAUCGACGUGCUGCGAUUGCGGAUUUCUCUCUCCAUCACUCAAUCGAAGAUUCAGUAAACAACGAGGAUUCAAUUCGCGUGAAUCACGCAUUCAUUUUUAUCCUAAUAAAACCCUAGGGACAUCUUCGACCAGUUAGGGUAUGCCGUAGACCUUAUGAAAACUAUGGAAAAUAUCCCAGAGAAAAAGUUCCCAGUUGACGCAAAGGACUACAAAUUGUACGAGGAGGUGGGAGAAGGUGUAAGUGCAACUGUUUAUAGAGCUCUCUGUAUUCCUCUCAAUGAGAUCGUUGCAAUCAAGGUCCUUGAUUUAGAAAAGUGCAAUAAUGACUUGGAUGGUAUCCGUCGUGAGGUUCAGACAAUGAGCUUAAUAAAUCAUUCAAACCUCUUGCGGGCACAUUGCUCAUUCAGUACCGGCUACUACCUGUGGGUUGUGAUGCCAUACAUGGCUGGGGGCUCAUGUCUUCACAUAAUGAAAUCGGGCUUUCCUGAAGGUUUUGAUGAGCCAGUUAUUGCUACAUUGUUGCGUGAGGUUCUCAAAGCCCUCGUUUAUCUUCAUGCCCAUGGACACAUUCAUAGAGAUGUAAAGGCUGGGAAUAUAUUGCUUGAUACCAAUGGUGCAGUUAAAUUAGCAGAUUUUGGAGUCUCUGCAUGCAUGUUUGAUACGGGGGACAGGCAGCGUUCAAGAAAUACAUUUGUCGGCACUCCAUGCUGGAUGGCUCCUGAGGUUAUGCAGCAGUUGCAUGGAUAUGACUUUAAGGCAGAUAUCUGGUCCUUUGGGAUAACUGCACUUGAACUCGCUCAUGGACAUGCUCCCUUUUCCAAGUAUCCACCUAUGAAGGUUUUGUUAAUGACACUACAAAAUGCUCCGCCAGGCCUCGACUAUGAGAGAGAUAAGAGAUUCUCAAAGUCUUUCAAGGAACUGGUGGCUGCCUGCUUGGUGAAGGACCCAAAAAGACGUCCGUCCUCGGAGAAACUUUUGAAACAUUCCUUCUUUAAGCAGUCACGCUCAUAUGAUUAUCUUUCACGUACCAUUCUUGAUGGUCUUUCUCCACUUGGUGAACGUUUCAUGAACUUGAAGGCAAAAGAAGCUAAUAUUCUUGAACAAAAUAAGGCCUUAUACGAGGACAAAGAUCAAUUAUCACAGAGAGAGUACAUUCGAGGAAUUAGUGCCUGGAAUUUUAACCUGGAGGAUUUGAAGAGUCAAGCAGCCCUUAUUCAGGAUGAUGAUUCUAUUUCAAAUGGAUUAGACCCUAGUCAGAGUAGGAAUAAAAAAGACAUGGAUAAUAAUUUUAGUGUCUCUGAAGAGGAGCACUUCCCCAGGAAUGAUUAUGAAAAUCAUUCUGAUGCUGUACUACAAGAAAAAGAUAAAAUCAACAUGCUCGAUAACUUGGACAGUUCCCUUGCUGCAUUUCCUAUCCAACCUCUUCAAGCAUUGAAAGGUUGCUUUGAUAUUUGUGAGGAUGAAGAAGUUUCUAAUAGAUCAGUUCAACCAAAUUCUGAACACCUGGGUCAAACACAGUCAUCAGAAAAAGCCGCUGUUGAUAAAGAAGGUGCUGGAGAUGACGGUGAGAAUUUGGGACAAAGUAGCUUUUUGCAGCGAUCUAUAAUUUCUGGGAAUAAGAAAUAUUUGAGUGGGGAGAGGGAUCAUUUACAACCAAGGGCCCUUUCUGAUAGGAAUCUUAGUGGUCCAUUACCUUACCGUCAAAAGAAGGAUAUUGUAGAGGAUACUUCUGACGGGGCAGUUGUCCGAAGGGGACGUUUCAAAGUCACUGCAGCUGAUCUAAGUCCAAAGGCUCCAACGACGUUAUCCUCCACUAUAGCUUCAGGAGGAGCUUCAUCCGGUCCUGUAAACCCUACAUUUUCACCUGCAUCCGUUCUUCCAUUCUUGCAAUUUAUUUUGCAGCAGAAUACUAUACAGAGGGAGGAAAUACUUAGAGUAAUGAAGUUUGUUGAGCAAAUGUCUGGUACGCCUACGGAGUCAACUGAGGUGCCAUCAAUUUCAAACAGGGAGAGAGAGCUGCAGUUACAGAUGAUUCAGUUGCAGCAAAGUGUUGGAAAUCUCGUCGAAGAAUUACAGAGACAAAAGGCGAAAAAUGCACAGAUGGAAAAGAAACUGGAUGCUUUGGUGAAGAGAUAGGACAUAAAACUAUUUUUGAUUGCAAUUACUACCAUUGAAAGAUGGUGUUUGAUUUCAUUUUUUUUGUGGGUCAGCUAAAAAUACAAUUAAAAUUGUAUUGUUAGUGUAUCAUAUGUGACUGCAAUACAGGGAGACCACACUCAUUAUUUUGAGAUACCAUCUUUUUUUAGU